UUUAGCCAAAGUUGGAAUUCCCUAAUAGUAUUUGUAUUAACAGUGGCUUUCCUCCUGACUUUACUCACUACGGCGGUUGUUGCGACUACAUUGAUUUGGUUCCUUUAACCCACCAUGUUUUUGUCUAGCGCCGUUCGGAUGCCGGUGUCAAGCGAGUGAAAAAACUCCCCGUUGGGCUUCGUAAUGGGGAUCAGGCGCGACUCUCCACUCCAAACCAUCCCUAUAACGAUGAAGAUACCCAUUGUCUUUCAUCCAAAGGCACUGUACAGCACCCCCAGUUUGUCGAUGACACCGGAUCUUUGGCAACCACUGACACGGAAACCGAUGAAGAUGAUAACCUUCCUCUAUCCUCUUUUAUCGUGUCUAAACCGUUUCUUACCAAGACUGGAGACAGAUCACCAUCGCCCCUUCGGCAGGCAACUCCUACCCAUUCUGAGCAAGCAACCCCACCAUCUUCACCUUCCCGGAAGCCAACACGUUUGGUGUCACCUUCCCCAGUUUUAUGCUAUUGUUCAAAGCCCGCAGUUAUUGACGAUCCGCGAUGGGAUGGAGAGUUCUGUUCUCCCGAAUGUUUGAUCUCUAUGUGUCAUCAAGCAUUUUAUGCGAGUUUUCGCCCUCACCCAAUGCGUGAUAAAAGUGCCAUUGUUUAAUGGCCACUCAGUUCUUUAUUGUGCUUACCUGCGAUAAUUCUUGUACAUUGUUAUCGUGUUUUGAGCAGAGUAGUGAGGAAAAAUGGGUUUCCACAUCCUCCCACUGAGUGCUACGAUGAUUUGAAAUAAUGAGCGGCCCCUCGGUCGCGUUCCUAAAAGCAUAGCUUAAAGAAUGACGUUCACUUUCCAUGUUUUGGACGCCGGUAUGUCUUUUAACUGAUCGAAGAAUUAUGAAAACGACCAGCAUUUUUUAAUUUCGGCUUCUUAUUUGGUGU